AUGUACUGCAUCAGGCACAUCGGCUCCAACUUCUUAAGGAGGUUCAAGGCUCCAUAUUUGCAUAAACUCGUGGCUAUUCUAGAACGGAGUAGGAGUACAACAAAAACUACCAAAGGCUUAAAGAGCGUGGUGAGGCAUAUACUCAAUGGUGCGAUGAAAUCGGUGUUGAGAGAUGGGUGCAACGAGAUGUUUGAGGUUCGCGAAAUGCAAGAUGGUACCAUUUACACGGUCAACCUUGCGCAACGACACUGCGACUGUGGCCAUUUCCAGGUCGAGCGAAUUCCAUGUCGCUACGUGCUUGCAUGUUGCGCCAACCAGCGUCUCAAUUGGCAAGUGUACGUGCACGAUGUGUACAAGAUGUCUGAAAUUUGCAAGGUGUACAGAGGCAAGUUUGUUCCGAUGGGUGACCCAUCUAUAUGGGAUAGAUACGAAGGAGCGAAGGUGAUCGCCAACUGA